AUGGCCGAGCAAAAAGAGCUACCUCUACGGGAAAAGGCCAACGGCCCGGUUAAGUUUGGUCACGGCCUGCGGGACGAGCAGUUUCUCUUUGAUCCGUCCUACCGGAAUCUCAACCACGGUUCCUACGGCACGAUCCCCCGCGCCAUCCAAACCGCCCGGCGCGCCUACCAGGACCAAGCCGAGGCCGCGCCCGACCGUUUCAUCCGGUACAUCUACCCGGACCUACUCGACCGGUCCCGCGCCGCCAUCGCCGCCCACUUGCGCGUGCCCACCGACACCUGCGUGUUCGUCGCCAACGCCACAACCGGCGUCAACACCGUGUUGCGCAACCUCGUCUGGAACCCGGACGGCCGUGACGAGAUUCUCUACUUCGACACAAUCUACGGCGGGUGCCACAAGACCAUCGAAUAUGUCAUCGAAACUCACCCCGGUCUGCUCAGCGCCCGAGCCAUCCCUUUGGCUUACCCCUUGGAAGACGCCGAGAUUGUCGCGGCUUUCCACGACGCGGUGGAUGCCUCGAUCGCUGCGGGGAAGCGGCCCCGGCUGUCCCUCUUCGACGUGGUGUCUUCCCUCCCCGGUGUCCGUUUCCCCUUUGAGGACCUGACCCUCGCCUCCCGUGAGCGCGGGCUGCUGGCUCUGAUCGAUGGUGCGCAGGGCGUGGGCAUGGUCGAUAUCGAUCUCGGCAAAGUCGACCCAGAUUUCUUUGUGAGCAACUGCCACAAGUGGCUGCAUGUUCCCAGGGGAUGUGCGGUAUUUUAUGUGCCCGUGCGCAAUCAGGCUUUGAUCCGGUCGACUGUGCCGACAUCGCAUGGGUUCGCGCCGCGUGCUAGCGCGGAGGACGAUGAUGGAGAUGAUGCGUCGGGCGAGGAAGGGCUGCAGCCGGAACCGCCGCGCAAGUUUAACCCGUUGCCGGCCUCGAAGAAGUCCGCGUUUGUGCAGGCGUUCCAGUCGUUCGGGACGGUGGACAACACGCCAUAUUUGUGUGUCGCGGACAGCCUGAAGUGGCGUGAGGAGGUCCUAGGCGGGGAAGAGCGUAUCCUGACUGAAGUCACCGCGUUGGCGCGCGAGGGCGGGCAGAAGAUCGCUGAUAUCCUAGGCACUAAGGUGUUGGACAACGCUAGUCGCAGCUUGACGCGGUGUUCCAUGGUCAACGUGGCGCUGCCGCUGGCGGUUAAACUGGAGGAAGGAGACGCGGAGGCACUGAACGUUGACAUUGACGAGGAACUCGCUAGCCGCCCGUCGUUUCCCAAGAGUGAGAUCCCCGUUAUCAGCGGUUGGAUUCAACGCAAGCUGGUCGACGAGUACAACACCUUUGUGUCGUUGUAUGUGUACCGCGGUCGCUGGUGGGCGCGUGUCAGCGCGCAGGUGUAUGUCGAGCUGGAGGACUUCGAGUGGGUGGGCAAUGUGCUUAAGGAGCUGUCUGAACGGGUUGUUAAGGGGGAGUAUAAGCAGUGA